AUGUCUCCCAUCGCUUUAGAUCAGUCUGACCCGGCCUCCCCGAAAAGAUUCGAUCAUGUGAUUAAUCUGCCGCAGACGGUCCCGGUCGUCCCGCCGCCAAACGCCUGGAGGGUUGCCACUGAGUGGCUAAAGGACCUGGAAUCGGUCUUCUCUUCCAAGGACCUCUCUAGCCUAGACGAAUUGUUCCACGAAGACUCUUGGUGGCGUGAUAUCCUUGCACUUCAGUGGGAUUUUCGCACCAUCCAUGGACGAGACGCAAUUCGAAAGUUUCUGGAGGGAAACCAAGGAUCAUCGUCUCUGACUGCGUUCAAAAUCCACGAGUCCGGGAAGUUCCAACCCCGUUUUGAGGUUGUCGACAAAGACACUGGCUUUUCUUGGGUAUCAUCAAUGUUCCAUUUUGAAACCGCUAUCGGUCGCGGAUCUGGUGUUUUACGCCUCACCCAGGAACAGCCUGGAAUCUGGAAGGGAUUUUCCGUUUACACCACGCUCCAGGAGCUAAAGGAGUACACUGAGCCACUCAAUGAGAAACGAUGGUAUGGUACGAUUGAUUCUAUGCCGGGCGGACUCGCGAAAGGCACAUGGGUUGAGCGACGCCGCCGUCAGAAAGAGUUCAUCGAUGAAGACCCACAGGUCCUCGUAAUUGGAGCUGGUAGGAAAAUCCCCAAGGCCGAGGCUCCUAAUGUACCAAAACAUGUUUUUCUAAUUGUGUAUUGUUUAGGCCAAGCCGGACUGAAUGUUGGCGCCCGUCUUCAGUCACUCGGAAUGACUGCUCUAAUCAUCGACAAGAAUGACCGGGUUGGAGACAAUUGGAGAAACCGCUACAGGACACUUGUGACGCACGACCCGGCCGAGUUCACGCACAUGGCAUACCUGCCAUUUCCUAAGAAUUGGCCCCAGUUCACCCCCAAAGACAAACUUGGCGACUGGUUUGAAGCCUAUGCCUCCAUAAUGGAGCUUAAUGUCUGGACAAAAACAACACUUCUCAAUGCAGUCUUCCACGAGGCCAAGUCCGAAUGGUCUGUUGAUUUGGUUCGCGAUGGCGAGAAAAGAACAUUCAAUCCAAAACACAUCGUCUUCUGCACCGGUCAUGCCGGAGAACCACUAGUUCCAUCAUUCCCCGGGCAAGAGGAUUUCCAAGGAGAGGUUUACCACGGAAGCAAACACCAAGAUGCAUCCCAGUCCGACGUUAAAGGGAAGAAAGUCAUUGUUGUCGGUACCGGAAACAGUGGCCAUGAUAUUGCCGAAAACUUCUACGAGAAUGGUGCGGAUGUCACGAUGUUGCAGCGGUCGGGGACCUAUGUUCUUUCCCUCGAUAGAGGAGUUUUCAUGCUCCAUGAAGGGGUACACGAAGACAACGGACCACCAACCGAAGAGGGCGACAUUGUAUGCGAAAGUCUUCCUUACCCGGUUCAGUUCGCCUUGUGCAGAGGAGGCACCAAGAGAAUAUAUGAGGCCGACAAGGAAACAAUUCAGGGCCUUGAACGUGCUGGGUUCAAGAUGGACUACUCCAUUGAUGGGGCAGGGAUAGCCCGGCUUUAUUACACCCGUGGGGGCGGAUAUUAUGUUGACGUUGGUUGCAGCAAGCUCAUCAUUGAAAAGAAAAUCAAGAUCCAUCAGAGCCCUGGAGGUAUCUCCGGAUUUACACGCGACGCUCUGAUUCUCAAAGAUGGGACCCGACUUGAGGCCGAUGUGGUAGUCUUGGCAACCGGCUACGAUAACAUGAAGACGACCGCACGGAAAGUUAUGGGCGACAAGGUCGCUUCCCGGCUCAAGGAUGUGUGGGACCUCGAUGAAGAAGGAGAGCUGAAUGCGAUGUGGCGUCCAAGCGGACAUCCCAACUUCUGGUAUAUGGGUGGCAACUUGGCGAUAUGUCGCAUAUAUUCCAAAUACGUCGCGUUGCAGAUCAAAGCACAGGAAGCAGGUCUUAACUAG